GAAAACGCAGAUUGUCAGUGAAGUUCGUUAACAAAAUGAGAAGCGAAUGAACCCGUGACGCAGUAUCGAGAGGCCGGUUGACGAAAAGUAAUGAACCGAGGUGGCGCCCCUUACGGUCAAAAUUCGAACGAAAGCUCGCGCCGGAACCGCGCAGAUCGUCCUCAGUAGUUGCCCAGACGCUGUCACGGGCGUAGCUGGAUGCUGGAUUGUAUCUCUCUCUCGUGCGCGCGCGUGCCGCAGGGAGGUGCUUCCUUUUCUUCUUCCUCUUCCUCCUAACCUCGUCCUGGCCGUCGCGUCGCCUCGUUGGACCCGAAAAAACGAUUUUUCCACGGGUACAUAUUUAUCCGGUCGACGCCGCAAUGACAACGCGCGGCAUGGUGAUCGGUGCACCAUCGUAACGAGAGAGAAGAAAAGGUGCCGGGGAAAAGGGGUCUCUCCUGCCGGUCGGAGAGAGAGAGAGAGAGAAACAGAGAAACAGAGAGAUAGAGCCAAGGGGUGAGUGAAAGAGACCGGUUAAAAUUGGCAGACAAAGAUGGUGAGGGAGUAAUAGACAAAGUAUUAAAAGGAAUUACGAGGUGAAGAGAUUCGGAAGAUUCGCUGUCCGGGCAGGGGUCGAAGAUGUGCUGAAGUGUGUUCUCUGUGUGUAUAUAUAUGGUGCAGUGCGGUGCUGUGCGGUGGAGAGAGAGAAUGGCGUGGUCGGAUUUCGCGUGCACCUCGCCGUGACGUGGAAAGUCGACACCGAAUACGUUUGGCGCUAAGCUGAGGAAUGGAGGGAACGUGGCAGUGGGAGCAGCGAAAGCACUGCCAUAUCAUUCUGCUCAACCCUUUGUCGUACGUAAAGGAGAACCCGGAACAGGCUGCAGAUGAACGAAAGCGGCUACAAGGUAGUCUUUGCAAGGAAGAGGAUACCCUGAAGAAAAGGAGUCGCGUCCCGGGUCUGUAGCGCUCGGUAAACGGAAGAAGGGCCCCUGGAGCAGCAUCACCAAAAAGGAGAAGGGGUCGUCAUGGGCCCGGCACACCAAACCGUACCCCAUUGAGCGAUGCAAGUAGUCAGGGCCGGGGCCCUGCUAGUGAGCAUGUGGCUCACUAGAGAAUGAAGAAGCAAAACGUCCGGACUGUAUUGUUAAUUGUUUGCACUCUCACGUACCUCCUCAUCGGCGCUGCAAUCUUCGACGUUCUCGAGUCCGAGACAGAGAAACGACACAAGGAAGUACUGGACGGCAUUGAAAACAUGGUUACACGCAAGUACAAUAUAAGCGAGGACGACUUCAAGAUCAUGGAAACAGUGGUGCUGAAGAUGGAACCUCAUAAAGCCGGUCAACAGUGGAAAUUUAGUGGAUCGUUUUACUACGCGAUCACGGUCCUUACCACUAUCGGUUACGGACAUUCGACACCGAGCACCGUAAACGGUAAGCUGUUCACGAUGUUCUACGCGAUCGUCGGCAUCCCGUUAGGACUCGUAAUGUUCCAAAGCAUAGGAGAGCGUCUGAAUAAGUUCUCGUCCGUCAUAAUACAGAACGUAAAGAAGCGCCUUAACUCUAAGGUCACCCAGGCCUCCGAGAUAAAUCUAAUCUGCGUGGUGACGACGCUUUCUUGUUUAACGAUUGCGGGAGGCGCGACGGUGUUCUCACGGUACGAGGGAUGGUCGUACUUCGACUCCAUCUACUACUGUUUCAUCACCCUGACGACCAUCGGUUUCGGCGACAUGGUCGCGUUGCAGACGGACGGCGCGCUGGACAACAUGCCGGAGUACGUGACGUUCACGUUAAUAUUCAUACUGUUCGGGUUAGCGAUCGUCGCCGCCUCCCUCAAUCUGUUGGUGCUGAGAUUCGUCACCAUGAACACGGAGGACGAGAGGCGGGACGAGGCCGAGGCUCUACAGGCUGCGCAAGGGGCGGUGCGCCUGGAGGGCGACGUGAUAACAGCGAAUGGCUCGAUACUAUCGGGCCAAGUGGGCAACCACGGUGACACGAUAUCGCUGGACGACGAGACGUCGGUCUGCAGCUGCCGCUGCAGCGGAUUCCAGAAGAAGCGACGGAGACCGCGGUACACGGUCCGUCGCUCGCCGGGUAAGAUAUCGCACUUGCUGCCGAUGGAGCCGCUGUCGACGUGGAAUAUGCGCAGUGAGAUACACCCGCCGCCGUUGACGCCGUAUCAACACCGCGCAAGCAUCUGACGACCGACGACCGUCAGCACGCUGCUAUUGCAACAAGAACAAGAACAACAAGAACUGCCGCGACGGAAGUCCGUCUGAGGAGGCUCCCUUCUUUUUUUUGUUUCGAAACGAGAGACAGACAAUGAACACGAUGGAUGGAACGAUGAGACGUGGAGAGAGCUUCUGUUACCGGUGACUGCUUUAACGAAUUUAAAUCGUACAGGGAACCGCUCUCACCGUCUCUCACUUCCGGGUAACCGCGAUUAACCGUACCGCGAGAUUCAGUUGGAUAACGAGAGAUUUUCUCCGUCUCUGACCCACCCCCGCCCCCAUGAUUCUCUAGUUUAAUUGUACCUGAUUUCAUAACACGCGCUAGAAUUUCCAUUCAUGAUUCAUUCGUAGAUUUUUUACUAAAUAUAUAAAAUAGUCUCGAAACAUUGACCAAAAAACGUUAGGUCUCAUUGUUUGUUCGAUUGUCACGUUCCUUUAUUAAAAGAGUAUCCGACGAUCGGCGCGGUUAUCGCGGAGUAAUUGCAGGGAUGACAAGAUUCCAGUGAAACUCCUCAUUGCAACAGAUCGAAAAGUGACAUCGAAAAUUUCACGAGACUCGAUGCAUAAGUUUUGCAUUUUGCAUAAUUCUCGGAUUCAAGUGCUUCCGAUUGUUUCUACUUCUUCCAAAUAUACUUUAAAAACUAUCGCGCGCGCGCUCGCCAAAUGUAAUUCUACGUGCUACAAGAUCUUCCAUUCAAUUGUUUGAGUAUGAAUAAAAAUAAGUAAAGAGCUGAUCGAGAAUCUUGUCAGAAAUGCGAUCGGGCGGUGAACUGAUCCGAGGGCAAGCGUUGUGCACGUGUAUAAAAGCAAGGGGAAAAUAGGGGAUGUGCGAGUGCGAUCAUGUGUUCCGUAGCCAAGAAGCAUUAACAAACGAAAAAAAAUUAAAACAAAAAAACAGAAUAAUAAAGAUAACAAACAAAUAAGCACGCGAGAGAGGGAGAGCGAGAGAGAGAAAGAGAGAGGAAACUAUUAUAGUGUAUCUGCGUUUACACUGCUACGAGAAGAAGGAUAUAAAUAUAUAUAUAUAUAUACAUACAUACAUAUAUAUAUAUAUAUAUGUUAUAAACGAAUAUUAUACACACACGAUUGAGGACACGAUCUUUUUCAUUAAGAAAAGCACACACACACACACACACACGCCGACGUACGCUGCGCGUUGUUCGUGCAGUGACACACAGGAGAGAGAGAGAGAGAGAGCGAGAGAGAGAGAGAGAGAGAGAGAGAGAGAGAGAGAGAGAGAGACACGUACACGAGAAUACAUAUUACGAUUUGUAUAUAAUGAAACUAUAGAAUAUUACACGUACGAAAUCUAGGUGUACAGAAUUAAGACGUUUCGAUCUUACGAUGUGUAUAAAAAAAGUACCAUAACUUGCGUGAUUAAACGAAUCAAGAAA